AUGGGGUCUGAGUACUUACAUGAUUAUAAUCCAAUAUGUAAUUAUAUAAAUGUACAUAACCAAGAAAAAGAAGAAAUGAAACUAAUUUGUAAAAAAUAUCUAAGAUUUUUAAAUACAUCUAAAUCAUGGGGUGAAGCAAAUUCCAGUUACAAUGUUUCCUUACUUCUAAAUUAUUGGUUAUAUGAUAAAUUAACACAAAUUUAUCGUGAUACAAGAAGUAAUUUAAUUUAUGUUGGGUUUGGUGCUCUCCAGUUGAUAUGGAGUAGAUUUAAACCCAGUAGAAGUGAAGAAGAAUACUAUAAAAAAUGUAAGCCUGAACUUGAUAUGGUUAAUCACACGGAUUGGAAGAACAGAAAGGACUUAUACGAUUACUGUAUUAAUUCUGAAUUAAUUUCACUAACAUGUCCGUUCUACGGUGACAAAUGCUUGGAAUAUUGUGAUUAUAUUGAAAAAAAACGUGAUAUAUAUAAUCACUUUGAAAGUAUUUGUUCUAAAGAAGAAGAAAACUGCCCUCAGUUUUACAGAAAAUGCGAGAAAUAUAAUCCUAAAACAAUGCUAAAUACUUUAAAAUGUCAUGAAAGGGCUAAGGCCAAAGAAAAAAUCACUAUGGGUGAUGGGGAUAUGAAUCAUUUACCGGGACAAAAAGUAGAAGCUGCGGCCAGUGCUCUUGGUACAGAGGAAACCAAUGAAACGUCCGGAAUUGGAAUAAAAGUUACUAAUUCAUACACACCCUUUGGUUCCUGGAUUCGCAAGUUCCGUGGAGGAAACAUAAAUAGUGUGGGUACCAUAGAUGUGGUUCCAUCUUAUAUGCAAGAAACGGGUGAUAUAUUUUCUGACAAUGAUGCAAACUAUAUAUCAUAUCAACCUAUGUAA